AAUUUGAUGCAUCGUUAGGCUUAUGGUCUAUUUCGUAAACAGGUUCAGAAAGCGAAUGUAUCAAGUUUAUCCCUAUCAAUUAUGCAACAUUCAUAUGUUAACACAACCUUGAUCUCUUCCACGGUCGCGUGGUAUGACGAAUUUAGCGAGCAAAACAAACAUUGGGAAUGAACCCGCUGAUAAUGCAUCACUCAUCUGCUGACUCUAGAUCUGACGUAACACGUACUUAACUUUGCGCUGCCUUUUGUUUUACACAUUCCAUUAAUCGGUUCGUUCUGCAACGUAUCAAUCGUCAUCGCAGUGUUUCCCCAAUCUUUAUUUAUAAUUUGGAAUGGAACACGCAUCAACCACGGGAUCAAUAUUUUGUGUAUACUAGUUUAAUCUAGCAGUGAUAUUUUUUUAAAGCUUUAGUAGCAAUGCAUAAGUUAGUGCAAUUUGUGGCUUCGCGACUUAGCACACGCAGCAUUAGGCGAGUAUACUCGACGCUUCCUUCUCCAGAAAAACGGCAACCGAAAGCAGUACAGCGGAUAUGGAAAGCGCUAUUCGGCCGUUAUCUUUUACUAACCAACACCGUCAGCUCCGGACUACUCAUGAUGUUUGGAGAUAUUGCCGCACAAGAAAUCGAGCAUCGCAGUGAUGGCACAUUGCAUAAAUCGUACGACUGGAGACGAAUAGGUUGUAUGACGCUUGUGGGAAUCUCACAGGGUCCGAUGCAUCACUACCUGUACCUGUGGAUGGACCGGAGCCUGCCCGGAGUGGAUAUGAAAACAGUAUUCAAAAAGAUUGGUUUGGAUCAGUUUUUGCUAUCACCGAUCUUCAUCAUUAGCUACCUGUACGGUGCCGGUUUGCUGGAAGGCAACAGCAUACGGCACUGCACCGACGAACUUAAAGCAAAGUAUUUGACUAUUUACGCCGCUGACUGGAUGGUCUGGCCUCCGACACAGUUUAUAAACUUUUAUCUGCUUGGUCCGCAGUACCGGGUGCUGUAUAUAAACGCAAUCACCAUGUUGUAUAAUAUCUUUCUGUGUUACAUCAAGCACAAUGAUAACCUUACGAUAACAUUUGGUGACUAGAGAGAAAAGAAUGUUCGUUUGAGGAUUUAGGGCACAGUCUUAAAUAGAAAAUUAUUUUACGUUCGACGAAAAA